AUGCAAGAUUAUACUAUAUUUUUAUUAAGUGCUUGUUUCUCUAUAAUCGUAACUGGAGAUGUUGAGGACGAAUGGAAAUCUCCAACAAAAGUUGUAUGUUCUGAAUGGUGUCAGAGACUGAACAAUUAUGCGAAGAGAUAUGAAGAGAUGAAAAAUCAUGAUGACACUGGAUGGAGAGAUAUUAUUUAUCUGACAAUAACUCUUUUUGUUUUCACAACUAUUCUUGUUUUUAUUUGGUUGAAAUUACGAAGUUCACUGAAAACAAAUGGAGAGAAAUUCAGGAUAAAAAUUCAUCGGAAGAAAAUGGAAAAAAUGAAAAUCAUGGUUAAACAAGACAAUAAAACAAAUAAAAAUGACAGUGAUGAUGAAUCAGGCGAAGGAUAUCCAGACAGAUUUGAAAUUCUUUAUAAACUGAAGAGAAAUCCACGACUGGCAAGGACGUACCUAGAAUUUAAAAGGAAAAAAGCGGUGGAAGAACUAGAUCAUGCAGUUUCCAAUUAUGUCAGUGAAGGGAAUCGAGAAGAUCAAAACUUUCGAGAUGAAUAUUACCGAUUCGAAGAUUGA